AAGAAUCCUCCUGCCACUCCGUCCAAAAAGACUCCAGCUAAGGCCAAGGUGGCUAAUAAGACGAAGACUCCCACCAAGGCCAAGACAACUCCGGCUGUGAGUAACAAGGCGACCUCACCUAGCAAGGUGGCUUCCACUAAGAAGAGUAAAGUCGCUGCUUCUAACAAUGAUAAUGAACAGGAAUCUGUGGUCAGUGACGAUGACCCAAGCGAAUCCGGUCAUGAUUCUCCAACACCAACUGGAAAAAAAAAUAAAGCUCAUCAAGUGAUCUUCGACACUUCUGUGUUGAAGACAAAAGCCAGCAUUGAGAAAUCGAAGAAAAAGAAAACUGCUCAAGAUGUCUUUGACAAGGAUGAGGUCAUGUCCGAUGGUGACAAGACAGAUGACGGCGAAAAAGAGAUUGUUUAUUUAGAAGACAUUGAUCGUGAUCCUUCGCCCAGUUAUCCGAAGUUGUCUAAAUGUGGAGUUGCCGCCUCUGAUCUUAUCGACCCUCUUCUUAAGGAGACGUAUAAGAAGUUAACCAAGCUGCCUGGGCAAGUUAUCAAUAAGUAUAAUGUGUCCUCAUACAUCUUACUUGAACCUUAUAAAUCUAGCAGCUUGAAGUUUAUAUCAUGGAAGGACUCUAACAACGACCAAGAAGAUGACAAUGGAAAUGGGAUGAUACUUUUCUCUAGCAUUGGAGACGUUCACCCCAAUAUCAAUCUGAAGUACAUUAAAGGAUUAGUCGUGUUCGAGAAGGACUACACGUCCAAUAUCGUCAACCUUUCUCGCAUUGAUCCAUCACUUCUGGUCUCUAAGAAGACAUCCGGUCAAACAAAGGGUGGGCCUCUCGUGUUCAUACGGCACUUCAGUCACCCACCUUGA